AUGGUUUCUACUGCUAUGGAUACACAGGGUCAAAGUGAAGGCACUGGAUCAGAUAUUAUUAUGCCUACAAGCAAACGAAUUUCUAUAAAAAUUGGUGUACCUUCUAAUAAGGGUAUCUUGUUGAAAGAGCAGUUAACUCCUGAGGGUGACUUUCAUUCAAAGGUCAGGAAACCGUACACAAUCACGAAACAAAGAGAGAGAUGGACAGAAGAAGAGCAUAAAAAAUUUCUAGAGGCAUUAAAACUUUAUGGUCGGGCAUGGAGAAAAAUAGAAGGGCAUGUGGGAACAAAAACUGCAGUGCAAAUUCGAAGCCAUGCCCAAAAGUUUUUCUCAAAGGUUGCUCGCGAGUCUAAUAUUGGUGAUGGCAGCUCUGUGAAACCAAUUGAAAUUCCCCCUCCCAGGCCCAAAAGGAAGCCAAUGCACCCCUAUCCUCGUAAGCAGGUUUCUCCAGUCAAAACUGCAAUCUCUGCACCCGAGAAACCGUUAAGUUCUGUAUCUCCCAAUCUGUCUGCCUCGGAGCAUGAAAACCAAUCUCCGACAUCCGUAUUGUCUGCAAUUGGUUCAGAUGAUACAACUGAUUCUGAUAUGAUUAAUGAAAGCCCAUCACCUGUUUCAUCUACUGCUGUCAAUAGUGGUGCUGUUUUUUGUUCUGAAAUAGCUAACUUGUCGUCAGAAGAGUUCAAAUAUUCUCCUGGCCAAGAAGAUGUUCGUUCAAGUCCAAAAGAACAAGCUCCUCCGAAAUUGGAGCUGCAAUAUGAAGAUAAUGCUUUUGUUAAGGAAGAAUCAGCUGAAUCAGCCACACAGUGUUUGAAGCUGUUUGGCAAGACAUUGCUCGUCACUGAUCCUCAGGGACCAUCUUAUCCUACUCAAACUUGCAAAAUGCAGGCACUAGACACAAACAAUGGUACAUCUUUACAGACACUACCAUGGAAUCUUGUGCUUCCAAGUACUUCGUCGACUCAUUCUGAAUGUACCUGGAGUAGCUUUUCUCAGAGUUUACCUGAGCCAUUCCAUUACACUGAGUCAACAGAAAAUGAAUCUAGCAAUGUAGAGGCUUGUCCGGUCAAUGUUCAAUGGUCAUCCCUUUGUGGCUAUGCACAGCUCUCACCUUUGCAUGUCCAUAAUCCAAUCCCAAUCAAGGCUCGUCCGUCACGUGAUAAGAAAGUGGAGGAGAAAUAUGAUGGGAAGGAUAGAUUUUCAAUAGGUUCAAACAUGGGUAUAGGUUGUAUUCUUUCCAUUGUAAGGGAAGGAAAGGAAGAAGGAUCGGUUUCCUCCAGGUUAAGCGAGAAAGCUAGAGCAAAAGCAAUGAGCUGCAAGAAGGGCUUUGUGCCGUAUAAGAGAUGUUUAGCUGAGAGGGAUCUUACCCUGUCGAUGAUGAUAACUGGCGAGGAGAGGGAGGAGCAGAGGAUCCGCCUUUGCUUGUAG